CUCCCCUCCCUUCCCCUCCUCCCGCCGCCCGGACCCAUGUAGCACCAUGACCGGCAUCGCCGCCGCCUCCUUCUUCUCCAAUACCUGCCACUUUGGGGGCUGCGGGCUGCACUUCCAGACGCUGUGGGAGCUCAUCGAGCACAUCGAGGACAACCACAUCGAUACUGAUCCACGGGUGUUAGAGAAACAGGAACUGCAACAACCAACCUAUGUCGCUCUUAGUUAUGUUAACAGAUUUAUGACAGAUGCUGCUCGCCGGGAACAAGAAUCCUUGAAGAAAAAGAUUCAGCCUAAACUCUCUUUGUCAUUAUCAAGUACAAUUCCUCGAGGAAGCAUUUCAACACCACAGCGCCACAAUAGUGGCAGCCUUACACCUCCAGUCACCCCACCCGUUACUCCAUCAUCAUCAUUCCGAAGCAUUACUCCCACAGGUAGUGAAUAUGAUGAAGAAGAGGUAGACUAUGAAGAAUCGGACAGCGAUGAAUCUUGGACCACAGAAAGUGCAAUUAGUUCAGAUGUUAUUCUGAGCACCAUGUCCAUGGAUGGAGGAGAAGAAAAGCCCUUCGCCUGUCCGGUUCCUGGGUGUAAGAAGAGAUACAAGAAUGUAAAUGGUAUAAAAUACCAUGCCAAGAACGGGCAUCGGACUCAGAUACGCGUCCGCAAACAGUACAAAUGCCGCUGUGGGAAAAGCUACAAGACUGCACAGGGUCUGAGGCACCACACCAUUAACUUCCAUCCUCCAGUAUCCGCUGAGAUCAUCAGAAAAAUGCAACAGUAAACAUAUGUGUAAAAUCUAUCCUAUAUACAUGCAUACAUAAAUAUGUAUACGGUAUUUGCUGGGUGGGCUGUAACAACAAAUCCAGUGCUUCACCGGCAAUUGCAAACCAAGACAUCCUCUGUAGGAUGGAUUCAGCAACCUUUCAAACACUACUAGUUUCAGCUUUUUUAAAGUGUGUGCUUCAUUUUAUUUGUAUCUUUUAGAAUGAUGUAUCUUUGGACUGUAGGCUACAUGCUUUUGUACACAUGCUCAUAGUACCUACAAUCCAUUGUUUUACAUAAGGUGCUGAAACAUUUUGUCGAGUUUAUAUGCUGCCAAUGUUCACAUUUCAUUAUGUUUAUAUGCAGUGAAUCCAUUGACUUAUUUUAUAACUGUUGUAUCUUCAAUGAGUUCUUUUUAUAAUUUAUAAUUUUAUUGCCUCGAUACAUAACCCAAAGCUGGCUGACCAAAGUAGACCCUAUAAGAUGUAAAAUGCUUCUGAUUAUUUUGAAGAUGCAAUGGGAGGUUUAACAUCCAGCACUAGGGUAAUAUAGGUUAUCUAUCUGGCUGCCUAUUAUAAAUCUUUCCUAUGGAUUUUAAAAAUAAUAGAAAGAUACGAUGUGCUUUCAGUCUGAAAAUCACUAACUUCUACAGAUACCUAAAAAAAAAAUCACGUAUUUCUUUCUAUAGGCCUAGUUUUAAAAUAACUCCACUGUCUGCAACUUGUUCCAGGCAUCAUUAUAACCUUUUGGUUCACAUCAGCAAGCAUUUCUAACUGUCAGUGUGGAGUAAUUUUGUGCAUAUUUAGUACAGUAAAGAUACAUCGGUGUGGGAAAUAUGUUGACGUUUCCGCUGUAUGUAAAACUACAAAUUUACAAAUUUUUAUUAAAUUUAUUAAAUGAGAGAGAUAUGUGCAGAGGCUUUGCACAUUACUUUUUCAACAAAAUACAUAUUUUUUUUUAAUUUCCCCCCUUCCCCUUCCCCUUCCAGGAAAUAUCUGGUAAUUUGUUCUUUUAAAAUGAAUACCUUUCCUGUUAAAUACCACUUUGAAUACGUUGUUCUGUCAUGUGGAACUGAACAGCUUUGUCCCAGUGGAUGAAGUUUAUAAGCACUUUGUAGUUACUUGUUGCAAGUAGAGUUAAAUAUUUCUCUGUUGCCAAUUCCUGCAACCAUUGUGUCUACAUGUGCCUGUGGUUGUCAAGAAAAAGCAUAUUAAGGAGGUGGUCAAAGGAUUUUUUUAAGUUAAGCCUCCUACUUAUGGUUACUGUAUUUUUUUCUUUGAAUUCCUCUUGUAUUAAUAAGCUCAUCAAUGCCUUUUAACUGAAACUCACUGCAUUCCAUCUGUAGUAGUUAAGCUUUCAACAUGGUAUCCCAGUGCCGCACUUGAAGUACAUUGGCCUUUCCAGCCUUACAGAUGGUGAAGUGUUCGGCUCAUAGAGCAAGGAUAAAUUUGGACCUUUCUAGUCUUGUUGGCUUAUUGACAGGAUAUCAUAAUAGUGUGUGCCCUUCUUGGUACUGCUCCAUAUAAAAAUGGAAACCGCAUUUUGGAUGUCAAAAUAUUCAUAAACUUGUCAUCAAUGCAUGUAAAUUCGUGAUUAAUAAUUCCAAUAAUUACUUUUUACAAGUAUUUACUUCUACCUUGUGGCAGUAUUAAGAAACAUAUAUUGAUGGGGUUACUUUGUUGUGUAUAGCAAAUUGUAUCGUCAAGUCUGUAAAGUGCGCUCUAAAUUAUAUUUUUCAUAUGUUCUAUGGGGAGGACAUAAUGUUACUUUAUUGGAAGUAAGGUUGAGGUGUGAGCAACUGAGGGCAACCAGAUAAAUCACACAAAAAGCUGCUUUCUAACUGUAAGAAGUCACAAUUAAAUAAAAAUUCCUUUGAAU